AUGCAUUGCUUAAUUGGAGUCGUGCGCAAGGACGAAAAGUGUGGCAUAGUAGUUGUCAUCAAAAGGUUUGAUGGAGCUGGGAAAAAUAUAAUGAGGAGAGCUAGAGUUACUUUAGGUUGUAAGAGAGGUCCUAAAAGCACUGGUACAAAGAAGUGUGGUUGCCCGUUUCAGCUGAAGGGGUUAAAUAUUGGUCCUGGAGAUGAGUGGAAAGUUGGGUUGUAUGUGGAGUUCAUUACCAUCAUUAUGUUGAGUAUCUUGAAGGCCAUUCAUAUGCAGGGAGUGUUAUGGAAUAUGCUAGUCUUAGUAAAGCCUGAGGUUGAUUAUGAAAGAAAUCUACAUGAGAUGGAUAGGAUCUUUGAAGGAAAGUAUAGUAAGACGCUUGAUUAUGUGAAGGUCAAUUGGUUAAAAGAGUAUAAGGAUAGGUUUGUGGCUGUAUGGAUAGAUACUUGCAUGCAUUUUGGCAACACCACAUCAAAUAGGGCAGAAAGUGCACAUUCAAAACUGAAGCGACAACUUAGCACAAGCCAAUGUAACUUCAAAACAUCGUGGGCUAAGAUUCAUGCCAUGUUAGUAUUGAAACACAUUGAGAUAAAGGCUUCAUUUGAGAGGAGUCAAUCAUUUGUCCAACAUGAAUUCAAUAAGGUGAGCCUACUUAAAGACUUGAUAGGGUUUGAAGCCUCAAGCCCCUCUCCUGCUUCAAACCACCAUCUCUCCUCUGUUCUCUCCCUUCUUCACUCUCUAUGCCUUCAAAGUAAAGCAAACAGUCUCAAAGCCAUGCACCAACACAAGACCGACGACAAUCUCCGUUACGUAGGUGGCCCCGUGUUCUCGCCGCCGAUGCCUCCAUUUCCUUUGCAGCUAAUGGUUAAGCUCACGAAGUUCUGUGGCUACUUUGUAGAUUUGAGGUGUCAAUUUCCGGAAGAAGGUGUUCAGAAUGCCGACGCCAAUGGUGAUUGCGAGAAGAAAGAAGAUGAAGACGAUUUCUCUUUCGCAUGCACCAACCUCGAAGGAUCACCAAUCUCGGCAAAGUUGUUUUACAACUCAGAAGGUGCCCCAGUUGCAGGCUCUGCAGUAGAUCAGAUUGAACAAGUUAUGGGUUAUGUUAGUCUAGGGUAUCCUUUCGACAUGAUUGCCUCUAUACUUUUUGGGAGACACCACAAAGCCCUCAAGAACAAGCUAAGUUCAGCAGCCAGGUGCAUCGAAACACACCUGAUUGAAGGCGUAAGCCACUUCCAAAUGGAAGGCCCUGCUUAUGACGCACAGAUGGUGAAUCUUAUCCUUGAAUUUAUUGCAUCAUUGUAG